AAACCGGUUCGGUUCAGUCCAGCCCAUCCCUGAGCCGAUGAACCGGGCCUCUACGUUUAGGCGCAAGUAGCGACCGUCACCAAUUUGGCAAUUUCCAGUUGCCGGUGUUGUUGCAGCGAACGCCCCAUGGGCGCAGUACGCGCACUGAGCAUGGCGGCCACAAGCUUCGCAGCACCAGCAGUCUUAAGAAGAGCAGUUCAUGCUCGUGCAUCUCUUUACAGCUACCCCCACAAGCUGUCUUGCUACGGAACCUUCCGUUUUGCUCCUGUCAUAACUCCUUCCAUUUCUUCAGCUUCAGGAAUAUGUCAAUUGGUGCAAGCUAUAAAGGGGGAUAAUGAUGUUUUACUUAGGGGACUGGCGGACAAAAAUACCGUUGAAGAUGUGAAGCUUAUUCUUGACAUGGCAAAACGAGCAUCAUCCAGAAGAGAAGUAUUCCAUACAGAUUUUCUUACUCCACCUGUGCUUAAGGAGUCUUUGCUUGUUCUGGAAAAAUUGUCUGAUGUCAAAGCCCUAGCUCAAGGAGGAUACCCACAGGCUGAGCGUUGUCGUCUUUCUGUUGGACACCCAGAAGCAUUGAUGAGUGCUCCAGAUAUUGUUGCAGGAUUGAUUAUCACAGGGAACUUUGUGUUUCAACCUUGUUCCCAUGGUGAUUUUCUUGGCGCAAUUCUUGGUACAGGGAUUGCUAGGGAAAAGAUUGGGGAUAUUAUUUUGCAGGGACAAAAAGGGGCUCAAAUUCUUGUUGUUCCAGAACUUGUCGAGUUUCUCUUAUCUUCACUGGACAAGGUAGGUAAUGUUCCGGUUACUUGUAGAAAGAUACCAUUGCCUGCUAUUGAAUAUGAACCACCAAGGACUAAGUCAUUCAAAACUAUUGAAGCAUCAUUGAGGGUUGAUGCUAUAGCUAGCGCAGGAUUCAAAAUUUCGAGAUCAAAACUAGUCGACUUAAUCAGUAAUGGGGAUGUGCGCAUUAACUGGACCAUGGUGACUAAAAAUGGCACCAUACUGAAGACUGGAGAUAUUGUUUCAGUUAGUGGAAAGGGGAGACUAAAGAUAGGAGAAAUUAACUCAACAAAGAAGGGAAAAUUUGCAGUUGAGCUCAUUCGAUAUCUAUAAGCUUCAGCCUGAGAAAAAGAACUGUGGAACAAUAUGGGAAAAAAAUGGCAGAUUGAAAACUGUCUCUGCCUUCCUUCAUUAAUAGUAGAGAUUUACUGACUGUUGAAAAUUACUGUAAGAAGAAUAGUGAGGAAGUGGAUGCAUUCUGCAUUGAUGAUGAUUCCUAGGCCAUCGUGCUCAAAUACUAUGGAAGAGGUAAGUCGUUCUAUGGCAAGAGAGAGAUAAAUAUUGAAGACAUUAUGUCUCCACGAGAAUGACAGGACUUUCUUGCUCUAAUGCCAUGGAGUUUCUCCGACACCUACAGAAAAUCUUGUGAUUCCCAGCUUGUCUGAAGGGAUGAGGCCCAAAAUUGGCCUGUUGUUUGAACUCAAUUACAUUGUUUGGUUUGAACAAAGAAUUCUACCAUAAACGAGAACCUAGAAUCAAAUUGGAGCGUUUGCUUAGUGUGUUCCCUGUCAAAAUUGAAUUAAAUUAGACUAAAAUUCAUUUGAGAA